UUUUAACUGAAGUAGGAGGGACUCGUUUUCUAACUUCUCUCACGGAGACUGAGAAAUUAAGCAAUAAUACUUCCAGAAAACAUCAGGAAGAAAAAUGUCAGUGACACUGCAUACAGACGUAGGUGAUAUUAAAAUAGAAGUCUUCUGUGAGAGGACACCCAAAACAUGUGAGAAUUUCUUGGCUCUUUGUGCCAGUAAUUACUACAAUGGCUGUAUAUUUCAUAGAAAUAUCAAGGGUUUCAUGGUUCAAACAGGAGAUCCAACAGGUACCGGAAGAGGAGGUAACAGUAUCUGGGGCAGGAAAUUUGAGGAUGAAUAUAGUGAAUAUCUUAAGCACAAUGUUCGAGGUGUUGUAUCUAUGGCUAAUAAUGGCCCAAACACCAAUGGAUCUCAGUUCUUCAUCACCUAUGGCAAGCAGCCACAUUUGGAUAUGAAAUACACAGUAUUUGGAAAGGUAAUAGAUGGCCUAGAGACUCUAGAUGAAUUGGAGAAGUUACCAGUAAAUGAGAAGACAUAUCGACCUCUUAAUGAUGUACACAUUAAGGACAUAACUAUUCAUGCCAAUCCAUUUGCACAGUAGCCAUAAUAGAUCUGGAAGAAUAUUUGGCAAACUAUUCAGAGGAACACACCUGUUGUGGUUUACCCAGUUUUAAUUAUGUCAAGAGACUGCAUCAUCCUUCUGCUUGUUUACAACUAAGAUCUUCUAUGAGUUGGUGGUACCAAACGGCCCUAAACAGCUUUUAUUCCCACUAUUAGAGCAUAUUCCUUACUAGUAUCUAAUGUAUUUCUUUAGGUUUAAUUUUUUAAAAGCCCUUUUGUCUAAUUUUUUCUUACAUAUAAAGAUUCAUUCUUAAGGGCUGAGCCUCGGGGCACCUGGGUGGCUCAGUCAUUUCAACAUCUGACUUAUGCUCAGGUCAUGAUCUUGUGGUUUGUGAG